GUCAAUACGUGUCAAGGACAAAGCAAGGCAAAAGGAGAUACCAGGGGGGGAGGGGGAUCUUCAACAUUUUCACACACAUUCGCCGGCGUAUACUCCACGCCGGCCCCGCCAAAAUUCCAUAUUUCUGUAAAAUGUAGGUGGCAAAGUUAACGGAGAAGCACAACAACCACAAAGAAAAGGACCAAAACCAGUUGUAUUUCUCUUCUCGGUUAUUCGCCGUCGUCGCCUUCCGGCUUCUCUCCUUCCUCCGUUGUACGGCGUUUUGACUUUCCUUGAGCUCAUUAUCUUCAGCAUAUGCCGCAUUUGCUAACCCUAAUUGAUGAUUUGUACGGAUUAGAGCUCAAUGUGUUUGAUUCUUGCUGUAAUGUGUUAAUUGAAGGUCCGAGAGUGGUCCGGAGGUCAUGUAUUUGUGUAAACAGCCAUAUCAAGCAUGAUAUUUUAGCUUCACUUUCUCCAAAAAAAUGGAUCACAACCACUUAACCAUUAAGACAUUCAUGGCCAUAAUGGCCGAACGAGACGCCGCCAUCCAAGAACGCAACCUCGCGCUCGACGAACGAAAACGCGCGUUCGCGGAACGCGACAUGGCGAUGCUACAGCGCGACGCCGCCCUAGCGGAACGCAACUCCGCCAUGCAACAGCGCGAUGAAGCAAUCGCCACCCUUCGUUUCCAAGGCACCAACAAUAACAAUAACAACAACUUCAUAAUCUCAACACUCCCCGAAAACACACCAACCCAAGGGCAAAACCGUAAUUUCACCAACCAAGAAAUCCACCACAUGUUCGAAAUCCCCAACGACAACACAUAUCAAGUCCAAGUCCAAGUCCAAUCCACCACAAAAUCAAAAUCGAAAUCGCCAAGGGUUCGAAGACGAAGGGGUGAAAGUGUAAAAUUCACCAAUCAAGAAAUCCAUCACAUGCUUGAAAUCGGGGAAGAUACGUACGAAGUCGAACCUCAAUCCUACAAAACGAAGGGAGUGAAAUCGCCAAUGAUUGGAAGACGAAGGGGUGAAAGUGUAAAAUUGAAGGUUGAAGAAUGGAAAGAUGAAUCGGAAUUGAAUCAAGUGAGUUUUGAUGAUUUGACGAUGCCGGUUCCGGUGUGUUCGUGUACGGGGGUCCCGCAGCCUUGUUAUAGGUGGGGGAGUGGCGGGUGGCAGUCGGCUUGUUGUACAACCACCAUGUCAAUGUAUCCUUUACCGCAAGUUUCAAAUAAGAAGUAUUCGAGAGUUGGUGGGAGAAAAAUGAGUGGAGGGGCUUUUAGUAAAUUGCUUACUCGACUUUCUUCUGAAGGUUAUGACCUUUCUACCCCUCUUGAUUUGAAGGAACAUUGGGCUAAACAUGGGACUAAUCGUUACAGCACGGUGAAAUAGGUGUUUCUAGGGGUUAAGUUUUAGUUUAGUAUUUUGUUUAAAGGGAGGGCGAAAAGGUAAUUUGGCGUUGGCGUUGGCGUUGGCGUUGUUACCUUUAUGUUGUAUGUGACAGAAAAGGGAUAUCGUGUAAUUGUGAACUGUAUAAUUCUCUCUUGAAAUCUAUUCAUGCAUUUUCACA